AUGGGAAAAGGGAGAAUUAAUUCAAUUGAUGAAAUCGAGAGAACAUUAUUGGUUUACAAAUCGAAAUCUGAAUUGAUUAUAAGUAAAUAAUUAAAAAAAAAUUAUAUUAAAAAAACAAUGAGUAAUGGAUCUGUGAAAGACAUUUUGAAGGAUAAAAAGAAGGUCAGAUUUGUUGCUGAGAGUGCUUUUAAGCAAGUUGAUAAAGAUGGUAGUGGCUAUCUUGAAAGACCAGAACUUGAGGAGGUGAUGAAUAAUGUAGCAGCAGAUUUGGGAGUCGAACCUCCAACAAGUGAGGAAAUAGAUGAAGUACUAAAAGAAUUAGAUGAGAAUGGGGAUGGAAAAUUGUCAAUUGAUGAAUUUUAAGUUUUAAUCGAAUAGGUUCUAGAGAUGAUGGCAAAGGUCGAAGGUUGA